CACCACUGUGCGCGUAGAGUGACGCGGGGCAGUGCAAAGGGCCAGAAGACGCUUGUGACGUAUGUCAUUGGCCCAUGUCUCGGAACUUUGUCUAUUGAGGCGGAGCACCUUGGAGCGAUCCCAACGCCGUCGGAAGGCGAGCUUGAUAUAAGACACCGUCGGCUGUCUACUCUGGCCCUCAACCCACACACCAGCCACUCACCAAACAGACUUUCUCAGCAUCUUCGACUCCGGCGCAAAUGAUUGCAAACAUGCAAGCCACUAUUCCCUCACCACAGCGCUCGAGAGCAUCAUCUGGCAGGGCAUCACCGCUAUCUCUCGACCUGUCCAGCCUACCUCCCCUCAUAGAGCCCUCUCCUCCCUCCAACACACUCAUAAUCACCAACCUCAACGCGCCCGAGAUCUUCCAGUUCAACACGCUCACCGAAAUCCGCGAAACAAUUAACCAACACGCAAAAAUCCACACCUGGGCCCCGCUAAAGUCCUUCCGCCGCAUAGUAGUCUCCUUCUUCGACAUCGAAUCCGCCAUCCAGAUCCGGCAGACGCUCGAUGGCGAAUCCAUCAUGGGCUAUCGCAUCCGCGUGUACUUCGGGCUCAACACGCCGCUGAACCCCUCAGACCAGCACCUGCCCCUCCCCAAAUCCGACAAGCUGUUCUUCAUCUCCCCACCGCCAAGUCCGCCCAUGGGCUGGGAAGUCAAAGACGAAGGCGCCCCAAACAAAAUCGUCCACGCUGAGGAUCUCGCCACCGCACUAGCACGACUCCACGCGCACGCAAACCCCUACGAUGCGCCCUCGCCGACAACAGAAGAUGGGAACCCAGAGACAAGUCCGGUUAUCAGGCGGAGACGAACAGGCAGCUCGACAAUAGUCUACCACCCCGACGACCAUGGCGACUCGCCCAAUCUGCCCGCUAUCGCCGUUGAAGAUACCACGGAGAUCCCAGCAGCUAUAACACCGGACGCCAUGGAGGGUGUCGAAGGCCCAAUCGCGAGCCAGAAGGCGCAGGGGAAGAACACCAGCACUGCGAGGCCGCCGGUUGAACUCAUGGAGUAGACUUCUUUUUGUUAUCGUUGAGAUGGGCGUGUUGUUUUGAUAAAAGCGUUUUAGCGCAUAGGCUGGGAUUGGGUUUAGCAUGUUACGGCGUUUGAAUGGUUAUAUGGUCCUGGAUGGGUCAAGGAAGGCUGGAUGGACGAGUCCUCGACAUGCAUUUUUCUUUUCUUUGGAUACUCGGAAUUGUAGAUAGCAGGCAGCAUAGUCGUCUUCUUCAGGCGGCGGAAUUGACAAUCAACUUCA